UGGUAUAAGAGCAAGUGUAAUAAGAUAAUAUAAGUGUAAUGUAUAAGUUGUCACAUUAAAUUUAUGUUGAGACGGAGAGAAUGUUAAGACGGAGGACAGAAAAGAUAAAUAAGCUAUAAACUCAUAGAAAACCAACACUUCAACUCGAAGAAAAUAAGAUGCACCAUAUGUUAAUGGUUUUAUAUGUAAGACUAAUAGUAUACGAGUAAAUUGCUAGAUUUUUUAUAUGAGUGAUAUGAUAGUAGCCUAUAACUAGGGGUGGUAAUGAUUCAUGGUCCAAAUAGUUUUUCACGAUUUUUUGACCUUUAAUUAAUUUUAGUUAAAAAUAAAUAGAAAUAGAGCUCGAUCUAAAUACGAUGUAAUCCUUAAAUAAACUUUAUAGUGUAAAAUUUAAAGACUAACUCCACCCUUACAUAUAAUAACUAGCAACCUGCUAAAUUAUUAGCCAUCCUCUAACGUUGUUUUCCAACAGCUUAACAACACCAUUAUGCGAUAUGUGACCUACUUUUGGGGAAAAAAAAGAAACAUAUCUACGCCUAUGUUCAUAUUCUCCUCCAAACAUAAAAAGAAAGGCAACGAGAUAAUGCCGUCCCACAUGGCAUGGGACCACCCGUCAUUUUCACAAGCAACCUUGAACUGAAGCGAAAGUGGCGAACCCGGAGGGCAUAUCUGGCAUUCCUAAUUCUUGUAGGCCCUUGCUUACGAGCGCAGCCACCCAAUAGCAACCACAGCUGAGGCUGCGGCCUCUGUGCCAUCCAGGGGUCGGCAUCAGCCUCUCUCCCUCGCUCUCUCUGACUCGUCGCGGCAUAAACAAACAAACCAAACAAAGCAAAGCAAAGGCAAAACCCCACCUCCACCACACCUCGUCGUUUGCUUUUCCUCGGUGCGGGCGGUGCGGCACAAGCCCCCAGACCGGUUGCCUCCAUUACUGAGCUGUGCGUGCGUGGUGGCUGUCUGCCUUGUGGCGGCGCCGGUCAUGGUGAUGGUGGAGAUGGACGGUGGCGUGGGAGGAGGAGGAGGAGGAGGGCAGACGCCGGCGCCACGGCGGUGGCGCCUGGCGGACGAGCGGUGUGACCUGCGCGCCAUGGAGACGGACUACGUGCGGCGGUUUCACCGGCACGAGCCCCGCGAACACCAGUGCUCCUCCGCCGUCGCCAAGCACAUCAAGGCGCCCGUCCACCUCGUCUGGUCUCUAGUGAGGCGGUUUGAUCAACCACAGCUUUUCAAGCCCUUUGUGAGCCGGUGUGAAAUGAAGGGCAACAUUGAGAUUGGCAGUGUCAGGGAGGUUAAUGUAAAGUCUGGGCUGCCAGCCACAAGAAGCACGGAGAGGCUGGAACUGUUAGAUGACAAUGAGCACAUACUCAGCGUCAGAUUUGUUGGAGGUGAUCACAGGCUGCAGAUAACGGUCAGUUGGAGGAGUUCGAAGAACUCUCAAGGGAAGACCCUGAGCAGCAGCUGGUUGGUGGAGGUUGUCCGCAUUGCAACCACUGCUCAGGAGAAGAUGAAGCCGUGGAAGGAGACUUCCAGGAGUUCCAAGACUACGACGAGUUCUAGGCGUGGGUUAGUGGCAACCCCCAGUCGGCUGCCUGUGAAGGCCGCGUGUAUCUACGUUUUGUUUUUCGCACUUUGAUUAUUGUAAAGACUAUGUGGAUGUCUCAGACAUAUGAUGUAAUCGACUAUUAUUACCCUUUUAUGUUAUUAUUUGAGCACUGUGUGAUGAUGUCCAGUUAUGUAACUAUUGUGUACGUGAAUUGAUGAUCCUGGCACGUACAUGGUUCGCAUUCGGUUUGCCUUCUAA